GCUACCAGCAGCAGAUCAGAGCACUUUCUCAGUCCUCCACUGUUUUGAGCCAGUGAUCUUCUCUCCUUGGAUCUUGUAUACUCAAGAAAGAGAAGAAAACGCAGAUUGUCAGAAUCCUUCAGAUUUGGUACUCAGCACUGCUAUGAUCUCUUCGUUACUGGAUGUUGAGUCUGGAUAUCAGAACCGGUACAGUGAAGUACUCUCCUAUUAAACUGAGGGACCAACUUAAAAUCAACAAAGUAACAACGGGCCUAACAGAAUCAGGAAAUCUAGGUCUCUUAAAGUGAAAAGCAAACAACCUGUCCUUCUGCCCUUUCCUGAAAUCUAAAUGUGAUGGCCAUGCUGCUCUUCCCUGUGCAGCUGCUGGCAGUGGCUGUGACCAUUUACCUAGAGCUGGUGAGGUCUACUCAAGGUGGCGUCUACUAUGGGAUCAAGCAGCUGCCACCCCAGGUGCCCCAGUACCAGCCCCUCGGACAACAAGUACCUCACAUACCGCUGGGCAAAGAAGGCAUCCCGAUGCAGCACAUGGGCAAGGAGGUGCCCCACAUGCAGUACGGGAAAGAGUACCCCCAUCUGCCUCAGUACAUGAAGGAGGUCCCGCAGAUGCCUCUGCUCGGCAAGGACAUGGCUCCCAAGAAAGAGAAAGAAAUGCCCAUACGCAGUCUGAGGGGCGAGCAAGGUCCCCCUGGUGAGCCUGGACCACGAGGGCCGCCAGGGCCACCAGGAUUACCGGGUCACGGCGUGCCAGGAGCCAAAGGAAAACCAGGCCCGCAAGGAUAUCCAGGAAUUGGGAAGCCGGGUUUGCCAGGGAUGCCGGGGAAACCGGGCGUCAUGGGGCCCCCAGGGCCGAGAGGGGAGAUGGGGCCGAAGGGGGAGGUUGGGCCCAUGGGGAUACCCGGGCCACAAGGACCGCCGGGGCCUCACGGCCUUCCUGGCAUUGGGAAAGCGGGUGCUCCAGGGCUGCAGGGACAGCCGGGACCAAAGGGUGAGCCCGGGAUGAAGGGGCCCCCAGGAGCCCCCGGGAUCCCAGGGCCAAAAGGGGAGAAGGGCGUCGGGAUCCCGGGUUUGCCGGGGCUGAAGGGACCGCCCGGGCUGCCGGGUCCCCCGGGCCCCGUGGGGCUGCCAGGGGUCGGCAAGCCAGGCAUGGUCGGCUUCCCCGGCCCACAGGGACCCCUAGGCAAACCCGGACCCCCAGGAGAGCUGGGGCUGCAGGGGCCCCCGGGGCCCCCCGGAAUGCAGGGCCCUCCCGGCCUGCCUGGCGUUGGCAAACCCGGCCAGGACGGCGUCCCCGGCCAGCCGGGCUUCCCGGGUGGCAAAGGGGAGCAAGGCCUGCCAGGCCUGCCGGGGCCUCCUGGCCUCCCCGGGGUUGGGAAGCCAGGUUUCCCCGGGCCCAAGGGUGAGCGUGGGGUGGGUGGUCUGCCCGGGCCGCUGGGGCCGAAGGGGGAGAAGGGCCACGCUGGGCCGCCAGGCAUGGGGGGGCCGCCAGGGGAGCCAGGCCAGCCGGGAUUGCCGGGCAUCAUGGGCCCCCCAGGUGCUGCCGGCUUCCCGGGACCCAAAGGAGAAGGCGGUGCCGUGGGGCCGCCAGGACCGGUUGGCCCCAAAGGGGAACCUGGCCUGCAGGGUUUCCCAGGGAAGCCAGGAUUCCCCGGGGAAGUGGGGGCACCCGGGCUGCGGGGGCUGCCGGGUCCCACAGGGCCCAAGGGGGAAGCCGGGCAGAAGGGCUUGCCCGGGCUGCCAGGCGUCCCAGGGCUGGUGGGGCCGAAGGGGGAGCCGGGGCUCCCUGGCGCCCAGGGGCUUCAGGGCCCCUCGGGCAUCCCAGGCAUCGCGGGACCCAGCGGUCCCAUCGGACCCCCAGGGCUGCCAGGGGCAAAGGGGGAGCCCGGCCUGCCCGGACCCCCUGGCUUCCCUGGCGUGGGCAAACCCGGUGUGGCAGGGCUGCAGGGACCCCCAGGGAAGCCAGGGGCGCUCGGUCCCCCUGGCCAGCCAGGACUCCAGGGGCCGCCUGGCCCCCCCGGGCCCCCAGGUCCCCCAGUCAUCAUCCCACCCACUCCGCCAUCUGUGGGACAGUACCUGCCCGAGGUGGGGCCAAUAGACGGCGUCAAGCCCCCCUAUGGCUACAAGGGCAAGAAAGGCAAGGCUGGCGCCGCCGUCUACGAGAUGCCCGCGUUCACGGCGGAGCUCCUCACCCCCUUCCCCCGGGUCGGGGUGCCCGUGAAGUUCGACAAGCUCCUCUACAACGGCCGGCAGAACUACAACCCCCAGACGGGAAUCUUCACCUGCGAGAUCCCCGGCAUCUACUACUUCGCCUACCACGUCCACUGUAAAGGGGCCAGCGUCUGGGUGGCGUUGUUCAAGAACAACGAGCCGCUGAUGUACACCUACGACGAGUACAAGAAGGGCUUCCUGGACCAGGCUUCAGGCAGUGCCGUUGUCCCGCUGAUGCAUGGAGACAAGGUUUACGUUCAAAUGCCAUCCGAGCAGGCGGCAGGACUCUAUGCCGGGCAGUACGUUCAUUCGUCUUUUUCAGGAUAUUUAUUGUAUCCCAUGUAAAACAAAAACCAGACACACACACACACACACACACACAGAAAAUCAAAACCUUUCUUCUCUGCUUCAAACUUUUAUACCGUGAAAGAUGCAUUUUAUGACCAUUUCAGACCAUUUUGUACAAAAAAAAAAAAUAAAUACAAAGUUUAACAUUAUGCACAGCUACUUAUAAAAAAAAAAAAGGUGUGGUGAACAUAUCUAAAGAUGUGUAUCAGGUUCAUAAACAGUUGUUUUGCACCCGAGGGGGACAUAUUAGCUGUACAUUAUAUAUUUCUGUGAUGCCGUGCUUACUUCAUUUCAUUCACAAUAAUUCAGUACUAAGGUUCAAAUCAGUGUACGUCACUCAUUCCUGUUGCAUUGAUCAUAGUCAGGAGGUGAAAACCAGUGACUUAAACCAGAGUAGCUCAGUCUCAAAUUACAUGGAAAAAUUUGAGUGGCUUUUUAUUUGUUUGGGUGGGGGUUUUUUUGUUUGUUUUUUUGACAGCAGGUCUGCCUGAUAAGCAAAGGUUCUCUUAGCUGGAGACCUUUCUUUCCCUUCCCCCCAUAUAAAAUAUUCCUUCAGGUGUGAGGUUUUUUUUCUUGAACAACUUAUUUAUGAUGGAAGAGGGGUAGCGAUGGUGUCACUAUUCCACACGAGCUUUCUCCAGCAGUCGCUGGACCCAGAACUCCGCCGCUGCCUCCAGCAGGCGCUGUGUUCACCUCCAAGUGCCACAGCACUCCAAAAGCCUCCAUCUGCAUUUGCACAGUUGAGGUAGAUGAGGCAGAUCAGAGACAAAAACAAAGGGUUCCCCAUUUGCUUUGUGCCACGUAAUUGAGACGUUUUGGCCAACACGUGGCAAUACAGCAGGGCGGAAUAAAUUCGCUUGGGAUUUCUGUGCUCGUGCUAAGAACCUGCGCCCGUUUGGCUUGUCAGAAGGGACGCCUAUUCUGCCGCUCAGCGCAAGUUAAAUCAGUUUACUGGUCAAUGACUAGGCAAAGCAGAAGUAGCUCUGUUUGCUAAUUAACUAAUCUGUUGUUUGAGAUCAACCGAUAACUUUACCAGCAAUACUGAUCACGCAAAUUUAUCUGAGAACUUCUUUUUAUGUAAAAGCUGAUUUCCAAUCCUUAUUUAUAUGUUACCAAUUGUCAAGGAGAACCUGCAGGCCUCCAUCUUUACCAUACGCGAGGAAAGCAACUUCUCUGCAAGAGCUGUCUGUUCAUCAAUGGUGCUAAUCUCACCUCAAAAGUAUUCGUUUCCAAGGGCAGUGUACUUUGCUGUGUUUCCCUGUACAGUGCUGCACAUCACACACUCUUACGCUAGUUGAAAGAGUUAAAUACUCACCACUUCUUCAGUGUCUUUAGCUAACGCUACCGCUUUUGAUUCAAAAAUGAACUAGAGUUUUUUUCAUGCAGAACUAAGAUUGGAUUUAACUGGCAUUACCAUUAUUUAAAUGCAGAGUUUAAUGCAGUCUAACAUUGACUAAGGACUCCAGUGAUAUAAUGUGGUGCUUUAUCUCAGAAAUUUUAUGGAACGGUGGCAGGAACAGACGGACAGUUUACCAGGCAUUGGUGACUUCGGUAUGUUCCCAGAAUAUAUGAGAUAUGUCAAAAGCAAAUAAUUUUGUAUUUAAAAUUUUUGUACUGAUUUGAAAAAAAUAUCUUAUUAAAUAUCUUUAAAAAAAAUAAUAAUUAAUCCUGUCUUCAUUCAGCAGAAGUGUUAGAAGGAACGUUCAACCCUCUGAAUUCGUAUCAGACCGCAAGGACUCUCUGAAACCACUGACAGCCCAAUAUGAAAAAAAAAAAAUCCGAUACCUUUUUCUUUAGUUCCUUUCUAUGGGCAAAACCUGCCCUAAGCCACGGCGGGGGGAGGACACGCUGUCCCGGCAUCGCAUUUAGUGGGAGACAGCGGCUGGGGGGGACAUGCCGAGCGAGGGGUCCCUCAGGCAGCCGGUGGGACUGGGCCAGCUCAGCAGGAGCCGCUGGGGGAGUGCAGCGUGGACAGGGGGAAGCUGAGACACGGGGCAGCACGGAGGUGCCACGUCCAGGGCUUGUGCUCCCCUACAAAGGCAGAGCUGGCUGCCCAGGCAGGGAGUUG